AAAUACAGGAGGGGCAGGAGGAACGGCUCAGCCACACACGGUCCCUCCAGCAGCCCCAUGUACUCCAGCCGCCGGGCAGAGCGCCCCCGCAGGGUCAAGUCCUUCGACUCCGGCAACUCCGGAUUGGAUGAGAAUCAGAUCAAUAAUGAGUUCAAUAAGUCAACUUACAUCAAGAUCGAAGACAAUAAAGAAUAUAACGACAAUGUCUGCGAGAGGGGCAAGGCCUCCGUCAUCUUCUCCCUGAAGAAUGAGAUUGGGGGGCUGGUCAAAGCGCUGAAGCUUUUCCAGGAGAAACACGUUAAUCUCAUUCACAUCGAGUCCCGAAAGUCAAAGAGAAGAAACUCCGAGUUCGAGAUCUUCGUGGAUUGUGACAGCAACAGGGAACAACUGAAUGAGAUCUUCCAUCUGCUCAAGCCCCACGUCAGCGUCAUAUCCAUGAGCCCCCCGGAGAACUUCAGCGUAGAGGAGGAUGGUAAGAACAAGGGGUACAGGGUAACUGCCCCCCCAUUUGGGCUAUUGGUCAGUCCAUUCUCAGCCAAGCUGGUAGAUCAAGGACCUGUGGGACCAACACAGUUAUUUGCCCCAUCAGUAUCUAACUAGCUUCUUCUUUAUCCCUUUAUCUAGAAGCUUCCUCUUCCAUAUCCCUUUAUUAGAAGCUUCCUCUUCCAUAUCCCUUUAUCUAGAAGCUUCUUCUUCCAUACCCCUUUAUCUAGAAGCUUCUUCUUCCAUACCCCUU